CUUUACGGUGUUCCUCGUGGCCAUUCUGCUCCCACCGAAGCAAAUUUGGACCCUCGGUCUUCUCUGCCUGCCCUUUAUUCUUGCUAUCACCACUUCUUUCGUCUUUGUCCGGCGUCUAAAUGAACUUGCUUAUGACUAUCGUCCAUGGAGCUGGCGUUUUCUUCUUCUAAAAUUUUUUCCAAUUCCGAUGCUUUCCUUCCUUACUGUUUUUACCUGUUUUCGCCUACUGCCGGCACUCUUCCGCCGUCGUCAGUUGGACGAUCGACACAGCUUUCGUCGAAGCGUUUUACGCGGCUUCAUUGGCGCUUUAAUCAUGCUCCUUCCAGUCAUUUUGUAUAUCUCUGUUGCCACUUCAAUUGAUAAGACCUAUAGCAAACAAUUAUUUACUGGUUCAACAGGAAACAGCACACCUUCAAUCUGCAGUUACUUCUAUGCUCUCGGUGGUCGGAACAAUCAUCUUACUCACUCUGUUCUGCUACGCUUCUCCGAUUGCCUCCAAACUUAUUCACUCGCAAAAGUGUUCACUGAACAGCAUUUUUCCCUCCUGCCUGAAUUUUUGGCUCUUGGUCUUACUCUCUGCAUUUUCGCUGCUUUCUUGCUCGAAGACUUUUGCUUCCGUUUGCAGGCAGCGCUCGAGGAACAAUUAGUUCAACUUUCAAUGGAGCCAUUCAACUUUGUUUCUGAUAACUGGAAUCGUCUUGACGUAUCCUCUGUCUUCCUCUGCUUUUGGCUUAUUAAACUAUUUCUCAUUGUUCUUCUUGGUGCGGCCUUCUGGCCUAUCGAUGCUAAAGUCAUUGAGCUCCUCUCUCGAGCUACGGACGAGCAUGGUGUACCCAUCAAACACUCUCUUAAUUUCACCUUCUUAACCGCCUACGCGAACGAAAAUGGCCUCCUUAGUUCAAAUAACCUUUCGUAUCGUCUAUUUUCACGCUUUCUUACUGGUGCUCUUGCUAUCGGUGCGGAAACUUGGACUUCCGUUUACGGUGCAGCGGUGUGUGUGGGUCUCCUUUCCGGUUUCGUUGUUAAUUUCCUAGCUUUUUGCGUCGACCCUCUAGGCGCAAACAUCGCUCAACUCAUUCAGACUGCGGAGAUAGCCCCAGUUGCAGCCAAUCCUUGGAUUCCUAUUGAAGAACAGCUAACUAGCAAUGAGCAUAUUGAGGUCACUGCUGUGGAAUUGUUGCAAAACACAAGUUGGAGCUGUGUCAUCCUCUUUGUCUUCCUUGCAAUCCAGUAUGACCUACCAAAUCUCACUUCUCAUCAGCGUAUUUUCUGCUUCACUCAUCUCCUUAUCGUCAUGGGUUUCACAUGUGUUUAUCCUGUGGAGUCCCUUGUCAAGGCUAUUCUACUUCGCUUGGGUUUACCGGGCUUGGAUUCACCCUGGAUUGACCACCUUAUCCCACUACUCUUUUGCGUACUAAUGAUUGGCCUCUCUGGUUGCGUGUUUAUUCACUUCCCCGUCUGGCUUUCUUACCUUCCCUAUACGGGACGUGGUUACCAACCAUUGGGCGGAAAACCCUCUCUAACUGACGCAGCUGGUGGUGUUGGCGGUGGCACCAUCUCCGCGUACACUGGCUACGCUCAACGUCUCCGUACUUACCUCUGCGGGGGACAACUUCUUCUGGACGUGACUUGCACCCUCUUUGAGUACGCUCUUCAUCAAGCUCAUCAUCGUUGGCCUCUUUGGACUAGAUUUCACAGUCUUCUCGCUGCUUCGAGACUCUUCAAUAUCUUCAUCAACUAUCUUAUCUCUCUACUCUCUGUUCUGGUGAUUCUCUGGCUCAUAUUCUACGAGUCCUUCGGAGUGUGUCGGGUCUUCAUCCUCAUAGUUCACGUCUUCUUUGUUCUUUAUCCAGCCACCUGUCGCGGUUUCUUUUGGUUGAGAACUCAACUCUUCCUCAAGGAUACAAUGGCGUCUAUUCCCGCACCAACAUCACAGCAAUUGGAUGCUUACGCAGAUUGGUGCGCAAUUUGCUAUGAGGCCAUGUCAGUGGGAAACGCGAAGCGCACACUUUGUGGACACAUGUUUCACAGCAAGUGUCUCAUGCAGUGGGUUCAACGACGCCCCAUCUGUCCCAUGUGCAAUGCAGACAUUUUCGCUUCGCCUCAAUUUUGCCCUGUGCGCUUAUCAACUGCACGCCCGCCACUGAGGGUAAAUCCUGGCUGUGAUCUGGUCUACGAAUCCGCGAAUGCCGAACCCAUUAACCAACCCGCAAAAACUCAUCAAGAGGCCUCAAAUGAAACGAAAAACUCGAUCUUGACUCCCAGGUUACCAGGAAAGCAUAUGAGCAUAACCUUCACUUGCAAUGUGUGCAAAACACGCACCCAAAAGUUCUUCUCCAAGCUGGCCUACACCCGCGGCCUAGUCAUUAUUCGAUGCCCUUCAUGCCAAUCGCUUCACCUCAUCGCUGACAACCUAGGCUGGAUCAAGGAGAAGACGCCUUGGUAA